AUGAAGGAGGAAGUGACUCGGGCCCAGACCGACUUUGAGCCUCAUCUUUACACUCCAAAUAUGACAGGAAGAAGACAGGCAAGGCAGCCAAGACAGUCAACUCAACCUCAGGGCAUUCGGGGCCCACGCUCUGCCUUGACUGACUAUCUUGCUUCAAAUAAUAUCUCAGCCCAACAAAUUCGCGAUGAUUGGGACCGCCGGCAAGCCGAGGCACAGCGCCAGCCUGACCAAGCUGAACAAGAAUCAUCCAAUGCUGCUGAAGAAUCUAGGUCUCCAUCGGUCUUGGAGUCACCAGAGGACCCAAUCAAAAAGCGCAAGCGCCAGCAAGCCAUUGCAAGGAUCAAAAACAGUAAGGAGUUUGCUAAGCGCAAGGCUCGCUUUAGUGGCGAUUACGACGAUGAGGACGACGACGACUUCCUUGCGCUACAGAUACACGAAGAAAAGAACCGACCGAAACCGGGUCAGCUUGCAAACUGCGAGAUCUGCGACAAGCGUUUCACCGUGACUCCCUACAGCAAGGCCGGUCCGAACGGAGGCCUGCUUUGCGUUGAUUGCUCUAAGAAACAAAAGGCUGAUGAGAAGAAGCCCCCAGCCAAGAAGCGUGCCCCUGGGAUUGGACGACGUCAGAAUCAAGCUAAUCUACUUGAUGGGUUGACUCCUCAUGGCACUCAGAGUCUGCUGGAAACCUGCAUCAAGAAAGUGGCAGACUAUAUCCAUGAUAUUGAGGAUUUCGGUGAUUUGCCUCCAUCAUUGCUGUUACGUCUCGGUCAGAUCUUGUCUAGAAGGCGGGCCGUGACCUCACGGACCUUGGAUCUGUUCUUACGACCUCAAUACACAUCCAUCGACCUGUUCGAUUGUGCCAAACUCGGCACGGAUGACUACCACAAGAUCCUGGCUUCCAUGCCUAGUCUAACAAGGGUCAACCUUCGGUUUACCACUCCAAUGAAGGACCCGAUUUUCCACUAUAUGAUGGAGCGUGAUAUGGAAAUCAAAGAUCUCCAUCUGGAUGGGCCAAACCUUGUGACCGAUGCCUGUUGGCGCCAACUUUUCAUGAAACUUGGCCAUCGUUUCCUGAGCGUCAAACUGUGGAACCUCGAUUCUGCCUUUGAUAACGAAACCGCUCGAGUGAUGUGUCUUCAUUGCCCAAACCUUCAACGACUGAAACUGAAGUUCUUGCACAAAAUCGACAAUGAGAUGCUUGAGGGAAUUUCGACGCUCAAGUCCCUUCAGCAUUUGUCGCUGCGUUUUCUGGACGAGACUGAGACUAAGACCGAGCCUCUCCUUAAAAUCAUGAGUAGCAUUGGUCCUCAGCUAGAAACCCUAUCUCUGGAGGAAUUCAACCUUGCCGAUGAUCGACUCCUACAGCAUAUCCAUCAGCAUUCCCGUCAUCUGACCAAGCUUCGUCUUACCCUCAACUCGACCUUCACCGAUAAAGGUUUAACUGCAUUUUUCACAGGCUGGUCUAAUCCGGCCCUUACCUAUGUAGACUUGAACUCCCUCCGGGACGUGGACAUGACGAAUCCCGCCGGUCCGGAGGAGCCUAUUGGGCUUGCAUCCGACGGCUUCGUUGCGCUUAUGGAACAUUCGGGCUCGAAGAUCCAACACUUGAACAUCGCGUCGUGCCGUCACAUUUCAUACAAAGCGUUCGAACAGGUUUUCGCAGAAGGCAAAAUGUAUCCCAACCUCAAAUAUCUUGAUAUUUCCUUUAGCACUGUCGUGGAUGACUACCUCGCGCAGUGCAUCUUCCGGUGCUGUCCGGCCCUUCAGAGACUGGUAGUCUUUGCUUGCUUCAAGAUUCGCGACAUCCACAUCCCCAGGGGACUUGCUCUGAUUGGUACCGUGGGAGCGACUAUCAAAAUCGACGGAAUCACUCAGACCGAGACAAUCUGA